AUGGUGUGCGAGACCAAGAUCGAGGCCGGCGACCAGGAGGGAGGCGGCGGCCAGCAGCAGCAGCAGCACAAGCAGCCCCCCGCGACGCCCCCGGAGCCCCGCCGGCCCGCCCCGGACGCCGUCUCCAUCCGCGACUUCCACCCGGCGCAGCGCGAGGUGGCGCGGCGCAUCUUCUACGAGGGCAUCCUGGAGCGCAUCCCCAACACGGCCUUCCGGGGGCUCAAGGACCAGCCGUGCGCGCAGCUGCUCUACGGGGCCAUGGCCGUCAUAUGCUUUGUUGUGACCAAGUCCUUGCUGGUGACCUGCUGUUUACCCAUCUUUCUAAUGGGUAUGAGGUACUACUUCAGUAGAAAAGUUAUCCUCAGCUAUCUGGAGUGUGCCCUGAAUACGGACAUGUCUGAUAUUGAGCAAUAUUACAUGAAAUCACCAGGUUCCUGCUUCUGGGUGGCAAUGCUGAAUGGCAACGUGGUGGGCAUCGUGGCUGCCCGAGGCAAUGAAGAAGACAACACACUGGAGCUGCGUCGGAUGUCUGUCGACUCCAAAUACCGCGGUAAAGGGAUUGCCAAAGCCUUGGGUCGCAAGGUGCUGGAGUUUGCCGUGAUCAAUAACUAUUCUUCUGUUGUACUGGGAACCACAGCCGUGAAGGUGGCAGCCCACAAGUUGUAUGAGUCUUUAGGAUUCAAGCAUGUGGGUGUGGUUGAACACUACACUCUACCUGGGAUGACGCAUUCUCUACUCGAGCGAGUAUUUUUCCAGCUUCGCUACCACCGCUACUGCCUCCAGCUGCGUGAGGAAUAAAAAAAAAAGCGCCUCUCAUUCA